AUGGUGGAGGACGUCGCGGUUCCGAAGCACUUGCUAACAACAGCAAAGUUCAGUUCACCAUGGGAAUUGAGGAAAUGGGAGAAGUCUCUACCAGAAAAUGAUCGUGUUCAGUUUGAACCUCAGGAAGGUCAGAAACAGGGCGGUAUCAGCCGCUCUGUUAGUUUAUCGGCUUUACGGGGUCCAAGGCGCCCUGCUGCCAUUCGUCCGCGCAGCAACCCUCCCGAAUUAUACGCAUGGAAUGAAUAUAGCAAACGAGGACGCUUGACGCCUCCCAUAGAAACGGAAAAAGAGCCUAUCACGCCCAUCAAAGAGGUUGCCGUUCAUCCCAGCCCACCACUCAGUUCAAAUAGCUCCGUCAAUUUCCAAAGUCGUCAAAGUAGCAUGCACGAUGUCUACGAGAAGGCAAAACUGAGGGGUGUUGCUCUUCAACGAAAACAUUGGGUGCGCGUGUUGUUCGAAGCAAGCGUCUAUACCCUUCUCAUUUUAUUUAUAUAUUUUGUCCUCGUCGGCAUGCCCCUAUGGAAAGGUGCUGUCUGGUGGCUAUAUUGGGUCGUGGCUCAUAAAUUCACCGUCACCGGAGGAUGGGCCAUUCUCCUCGGUCUUGCUUUCCUAUACGCCUUCUGCCCUCUCCUGAUCUUGUUCGAAAAGGAUCCUCCACCAACAACUGAAUACGUUAAUGCAGACCUGGAAAGCAACGUGGAUACCGCCAAAAACACCGCUCUUCUCAUUCCCUGCUAUAAGUCUGCCCAGAUCAUCGGCCCAACCUUGGAAGCAGCCCUGAAGGUCUUCCCUGCCGAAAACAUCUUCGUCAUCGCCAACGGAAACUCUCAAACGCCCCUUGAUGACACUGAAGACGUCUGCCGUCCUUUCGGAGUGAACCACCUCUGGGUACCAGUUGGGUCCAAGAUCGUGGCCCAAUUCGCCGGUUGCUACGCGGCCAAGGACUUUGAGAACGUCCUUCUCAUCGAUGACGACUGCGCACUCCCGCCGAAUUUCCCUGUGGUUAGUGAUCGAUUGAAGGGCCAGGUCAAAUGUGUUGGAUACACGAUCAAGAGUGUGGGACCAGGUUCUUCCAAGGGGACGUACUGUCAACAAGCGCAAGAUUUGGAAUAUAAAAUGUCGGGCAUUCAACGAGCUUUCUUUGGUAUGCUCGGAAGUGCUACGUUCCCCCACGGUGCUAUCUCCCUUUGGAACACUGAGUUCCUCAAGCAAACUUUCCACGAGCAUCCUGGAUACUCGGUCUCCGAAGACUGGUUCUUUGGUGAUGCCUGCCGCCGUCUUGGAGGUCGUGUCACAAUGUGCACAUCAGUUUUCGUCGAAACAGAGACCCCCUCAUCGGUCUUUUUCGCUGGCGGCGGUAGCAGAGGUGGAUUUGGUGAGAUGACGAUUUUCCAACAACGAUUCAAACGAUGGAAUUUCUUCUUCGUUAUUGGAAUGUACUACGAUAUGAAAUACAUCCUUACAAGCUGGAAGCUUGGCUGGUGUGAAUUCGGAGCGAAGCUCUGCGUUUUCCAAGAGGUGUACGAAACUCUCAUCUACCUUUUCGCUCCCUUCUAUUUCCCCAUUUCUUUCGUCGUGCGCCCCAGUUUCUCUGGUAUUCUCUUGGGUGCCACCAUCGUUAUGUACAUCGUCAACGUACUGAUUUUCAACGAGAUCCACCUCCGAAAGAAGAAAGAGCGCAUUGAUUGGAAAGUGCUCAUUUUCUACUACACGGGUUAUAAAAUUGUCUUGACGUUGAUCAACGUGUUCAGCUGCUACUGGUCGCUGUUCAAGUAUGCGCGCUACUUCGCAAAACGUCACCCGAAGAUCAUCGAGGACCAAGAAGCCAUUGGAGUCGUCUUGAGUCUCGAGCGCGAUGUCGAGAGCCCUACAAUUCCGGAGGAAGAGCCAACUCCGACCGCACGUCCACCGCAAAGAGCGGAUUCCCAGCGCGCCUAUAAGCGUCUCACUCUGACUAGGGUUGAGGCUCCGCUUGGGCUGGAUAUCACCAUGACACAGACACAUACUACAAAUCAGUCGUAUAAAUCUGUGAUCUAG